AUGGCUGGUGCUCCACAUAGGAGUGGUCCGCUAAAACAGCAGAAUAAAAGGCAUAAAGGAACUAAAAAGCAAACUGACAAGUCUCUGAAACCUCAACGCGUGAAGAAAAGUAUUAAGGUGUUAAACAAAAGUCAACGCCGUUUGCGUUCCAAGCAGCUCCGCAUACAGAAAAAAAUAGAGUUCGAAUUUAAAGAGUUAAAACAAAUUUUAGAAUGUAGAUUUCCUGUCCCAGAAUCUACUGUACACCAACUGAACUCAAGUUCCAAUGCAAUGCAUCUUCUGCGUCAUAUUGCUUCGACGAGUCCAUCAAGUUUACAUGUUAAGACGAAGAACGCAAAAGUAGCUGGACAGUCUGCAGUAGCCCACACAGGUGCACGGUACAGAUCACGCCUACUCGUCGACUCUCUUGAUUUAUCCUCCAAAAAUGAAAAUGGCGAUGCAAAUGCUGAGUCUGAUGUGACUUUAUGUCUGCGUGGUCGCCUUCUUGGAGCACCAUUGUUUUUGUUUGAAGAAUUGGACCAGUGUGGUACUGUUCCUGUUGGCCCCAGUGUACACUUAACUGGUUGGGGUGAUUUUCCUCUGGAAGAGGCCAGAUGGGUUCAUCCUAACGGGUUGAAGGGAAACUGGAAAAUUGCGGACUUGGAAAAUUCUGAAGACUUUAAAACGAGAGAUAAAUCUGUGAAUUCAACAAUAAAUAUGAUUAAUUCUGAUGAGGAUUCCGAGGAAGAUUCCGUGUCAGAUGAAAUGUCUGUAGACGACUCACAACAGUGUGUUGAUGAAGAUGGAUCGGACGUAAUGGAAGGUGAACCUGACCAAUUGCAAUUGGAGAUGUCUGAUAACUCUGAUAUGGAAUGUGCAUCGAUAGCUAGUCAUACUGCCCACACAAUGGCAGCAAGCGCUACUUCUGCAUUUUCUUCGGCUCAGUUAGCCAAAUUUCGGGCAGCUAGAAUGGAAGAAAUGUUUCCAGAUGAGGUUGAAACCCCUCCUCAUAUACCAGCUAGCGAGCGCUUUGUGAAGUAUCGUGGUCUUUUGCGUUUCCAAGGCAGUGUGUGGCCAACGGAGGAUGACAUUUUGCCGAAGUAUUAUCAAAAUAUUGCCUGCUUUAGAAAUUAUCAUCGUAAUAGGCGUACUAUGAUUCGCUACAUUGAACAGAAAUUGGCAGAUCUUCAAUCAGCACACAAAGCUGGACAGAAUCUCCGUAAAUAUAUACCAUCCGGUGUAGAUGUAGAGCUUAUAUUACAACUUGCCUCACAUGAUCUUGGCGAGAAGAUAUUAGCUCAUCACACUCUGCGUCAAAGCAGUGAUGCCGUCAAACCAUCUGACCUCAGACCUCAUCCACUUAUUGUUUGGUCGUUGUUACCUCAUGAAACAAGAAUGUCUGUUUGUCAUUUUACAAUGAGUCGUCUCUCUUCUGCUCUUCGUGCAGUAUCAGAUUUGAUGGUAAUAGCAAAUGUAGCAAAUAAAAUUAGUGAAUCAUCACUUAAAGAAAGUGAUGACUCUUAUCCGAUAGAAUUCGGUGAAGAAGCUUCUACGAAAAUUGAACGUGAAGAUAAAGAAAUACACGACGCUCUCAUUGAUCAUCGUAGUAAAAUUUCUAGGAAGGAUACAGAUAAGACAGUUUAUGAUCCGAAAACUCCUAUACCUCCAGAAGCUGAACCGAUUAAAUCGAAGGAUCUAAUGCUUAUUCAGGUAGGAAUCAUUUAGAUCCAUGGAAUUCGUAAUUUUUGUUCAUUCAUAAGUUUGAACAAAACAAGAACGAUAAGUGUUCCAGGAUAAUAUGAUCGCAUCCAUUAUUUUGGAGGAUUCUUCUCAAUUGGGGAUGACAAGGAGUAAUUGAUAGGAAUUAAAAGUGACCAUAAGUCCAGAAUGAUGAAAAGUUGUAACCAGUUGAGAAGAAAUCUAAAAUUGAUAAAAGCUGAUCUCAUAUUAUCCUGACAAAUCUGUCGAUCUUGCUUU